UCGCUGGUGUGAUGACGUUUGGAGUUUCCUCAGUCUGAGAGAUCGUGGGUGGGCGGGUCGGUUGGAGUUUGUGGGUAGGCAUAUAGCCAGGAAUUGGGCUGGUUUCGUGGGUACCAGUUGUUCGUGCUAGACGUGGGCUCUGUGAACUGUGUGUGUGUGCUGUGUUUGUCGGUGAAAACCUUUGUGGUUCCAGGAGCUAAGGGAUGGGUUGGUGCCUGUUAUCUGAGCACUGCUACAGAGUUGCCUGGUGGUGAGGGUGUGUGUGUCUGUCAGUCUGUCUGUGCGUCUGGGUGUGAGUGUGGGGUGUGUAUGUGGGAAACCUCCCCCCAUUGUAAGCUGGCUGGAGUGCAGGACAGGAUGGUGGAGAGAGGUCUGUUGUUGGCUCAGGGGUCAUCUUCACUGGCCACCCUAGGAACCCUGCAGACUGGGACUUGGUUGGCAGCCAGGGUGGAAUUUAUACAGAUAACCCUGAGUAAACUUCUCAUAGCCUGCCAGGACUGCAUCCCUGAACCCAGAUCCCAACUGCCCUGGCCAGCUAAGCGCCAGAAACCUGACCUCAGAAAGCAGCCUGCUGUUGGUGUUCUAUGAGGAGUGGCACCUCUAACCAGUGCCUGUCUCACCUCCAGGUGGCCUGGCUGGGAGGGUAGACCCUUCCCUCGAAAGCCUGGCCGAGCCAGCCCAGAUAUCUGGGCUCAGGCCCAAGUCGAGGAAACAAAACCUGGGAGAUGCCAGAGUCUGUUGGCCCAGCCUGCUGGGUAGCUGUUAAAAGGCUGAGGAGGGAGGAGCCUUGAGAUUCUGGCAUUAGCUUGCCCUGGAACUUUCGGUUUUAAAAUGUAAAUCUCUUUUGCAUGUGUGAACCAGAAGUUAGUCAGGGGGAUGAGUAACUGAGUUGUGUUGUCUAAGGAAACCCCUUCCCACAUUUGACAGGUGAAGAGGGGGCUCAAGCCCAGAGAGGAGAGAGCACACUUGCCAACGUCACACAGCCAAGGGGAGAGAACCAGAGUCCAGCCUUGCUCAUUUAUCUGGAUUUUUGAGGAAUUGAUUCAUGGACCCAGCCAGGGGCUAGAUGACAAAAGAGAAUGUCUCAGACAACCAAUAGGGAUGACUCAACACUCUGCAGGGCACAGCUUGCCCAAGGUCCACCUAGCCCCUAAACACCAUGUCAGACAGUGAUCUGGGUGAGGACGAAGGCCUCCUCUCCCUGGCAGGCAAGAGGAAGCGCAGAGGGAACCUGCCCAAAGAAUCGGUGAAGAUCCUCCGGGACUGGCUGUACUUGCACCGCUACAACGCCUACCCCUCAGAGCAGGAGAAGCUGAGCCUUUCUGGACAGACCAACCUGUCAGUGCUGCAGAUAUGUAACUGGUUCAUCAAUGCCCGGCGGCGCCUUCUCCCAGACAUGCUCCGGAAGGACGGCAAAGACCCCAAUCAAUUCACCAUCUCCCGCCGCGGGGGUAAGGCCUCAGAUGUGGCCCUGCCCCGAGGCAGCAGCCCCUCAGUGCUGGCUGUGUCUGUACCAACCCCCACCAAUGUGCUCUCCUUGUCCGUGUGCUCCGUGCCACUCCACUCAGGCCAGGGGGAAAAGCCAGCAGCCCCCUUCCCACCAGGAGAGCUGGAGCCCCCGAAGCCCCUGGUGACCCCUGGCAGCACACUCACUCUACUGACCAGAGCUGAAGCCGGAAGCCCCACAGGUGGACUCUUCAACACGCCACCGCCCACACCCCCAGAGCAGGACAAGGAGGACUUCAGUAGCUUCCAGCUGCUGGUGGAGGUGGCGCUACAGAGGGCUGCUGAGAUGGAGCUUCAGAAGCAGCAGGACCCAUCGCCCCCCUUACUGCACACUCCGAUCCCCUUAGUCUCUGAAAACCCCAAGUAGGCAUCUGCCAAAAGGGGUGCUCGAGGCUCGAGCCAGCUGUCCUGGGUUUCCAUUUGGGUUCCCUUUCAUACAGAGGGUUUUCUUGGAUCACUGCCAAACAUCGGGAUCAUCUCCUCUGUCCAGAGGUCUUCAGCAGGAAGAUGCCAGCUGGUGUCACUGCACCGUGACGGGGACCUCUCUGCUAACUGCCGUUUCUCCAGGCCUCCUCAGUGAUGAGAUUGAGAUCGGAGACAGGCAUGGUGCUGCUGCUGCUUCUCCAGAGAAUCCCUAGGACACCUCUGUCCCAGCCUGCUUUCCUGGCUGGGCACAGGAAACCCGCCACAUUCAGACCUACGCCCUGGAGCUGGGCCUCUCUGUGUUAAGCGAAGUGUGGACAGUCCAAGUUCAUAAGUGUGAACAAAAGAGAAGAGGAACCCAGCAGAUGUAACAGAACUGACUCCAGUUGAAUGUUUAGGUUUUCACUAAACUUUAUUUUUCCUUUUUUGCUGGGGUUUGCAUUAAUGGGAGUAGUUAGCCCAGGUGUGGGGAGUCAAUGUGUGUUGCCUGAGGGAGUCUGACGAAUUGGGAAUUAGGCACCACUGCAACUGGUGAGUGUUUUACAAGGAAAGAGUAUCUUUAUUUUGGGGACCAGCUAAAUCUCUGCAAAAUUCCAAAUGGUUGUUUUAUUGUUGGUUUGAUUUACAAAAAAAAAAAAAAAAAGGACACACACACACACACACACACACACACAAACCCCUUUUUGAGCCCUGGCUUUUCUGCGUCAGGCACAAAGCCUUUAAGAAUAAAGAAAGGGUCCAAUACAGAAUCUGACCAAACCUAAGCGCAGAGCAGAGAAGGAUGAUAAAACCGGACAGGUGGUUAUUGGUUUGGUUUGUUCGUUUUUCUGUUUUGUUUUUUUAAAUUUUUGUUUUUACUAUGUUUUGGGGGACAGGGGAAGUAAGCUAGACCAAGGCAGUGGGUUUUUUGGUUUUGUUUUGUUUUUUCUCCUUAAUAUUUUCCCCUCUUUAUCCUUGAAAGUUUGGCCAAGCAGCCUGAGUUUUGAAUUCCUUUAAGAACUUGGGAUUAGUGCGGCCAAAACGGAAAAAGCUGCCAGUAGCUCCUACUUGGAGAGAAGUGAGCCACCUACUGGUCAGGAAGCCCUUUGUAGCUGACUCCGAUGGGCCUUUAUUCCCAUGACAGUGGCAAGAACCUAUUCCUGGAAGAAGCAGGGAACGUGCCCCCAGCUGCUGAGAAGCUGCCUUCUCUGGAGGCUGGGGCUGGAAAUCGGUUAGGAAGCCUGUCCACUGUGUCUUUGUAUUGCACCUUUCUCUAAAUUGGAGUUGCAGAGCCCUCUGCUCUGAACUUCGCAGUGAACUAGAUCACGGUCUUACUCUUCUCCCUCCUCUCCAUUUUUUUAUUUUGCUGUCUCACUGCUAACAGUGUUUGACAGCAAUACACCCCAUCUUUAUAUAUCCUAAGAAACACUAAUUCUAGGUUACUAUUAGCCAAAAUAUUUUUGUUCUGAAUAAUGUUGUUACUGGGCCAAAAGACAGGUCAGGAGCCCUCAGCCUCUAGUUUCCUGAAGUUGCCCAGUCAGGCAGGCACAGGGGGAGAUUCCUGGGGGUUGACUUACUUGGGUGGGCCUGGCCAGGAGAAAAGCAGCAACGUGUGUUCUGUCCUUUCUGGGAUGAUGUCUGAAGGCUUCAGGGAGGCUACCUGACUUCUCAGUGGCUUGGCCUACCCACUGCUGUGGGAAUGGGGAUUAGUUACUUAAGGAGAGGGAGCUUUGCUCUCUCUGAGUGGGCAAGUUUCCUAGGCUCUCUCUUUUGCUACCCCAGCCUGUCCUUGCAUGUCCCAGGGGGAUCAGGGAUCCUUGCCCUCCUGAGGCCCAGCUGGGGAAGAAAGAAUAGCAGCUUCAAGACAGCUGAAGCUGCUGUUUGCCCAGCCUGUUCCACCCCACCCAUGUCUGAGCCCAGGUCUGGUAGCACUGUUGGAAGACGCUUAUAGCAAGAGCCCCUGGCAGUGUAUCGGCUGGGGUGGGACUUUUCCUUCCCACAGUGCACUGAGCAGUAGAGAUGGUGAGGGGUGAGGAGCCAUGCUGCUGAAUUCUGGUUGGCAUUUCCCCCUUGUGCGAGAUGGGGAGGCUGGAGGUGGGGCAGCCUCUGCUUGGUUGGGUUGUGAGAGAAACCUGGAGAAGCACAGUUAUCCCGUUGAAUUAUUUGAGCAAAAAACUACUGUAAAUAACUUUUGUUUUUGUCUUUCGUCAAAUAAAGUUGUUUUGGGG